AUGGCGAACAUGCCGCUUUGGGACUCUAUGGAAUUCCGCGACAUGACAGAGAUCGAGCUGGAGUCCAUCCGUAAUGCCGGCAUCUAUGCUGUGCAGUAUGUGGAUGACAACACAGCAAACUUGAUGACCCAUGUGCAAGAGACGACGGAUGUCUUGACAAGCCUGAGAUAUGGCAUUUUGGCAGAGAACAGUGUGAAGUUCAUCAGGACCGGCUUCGUCUUUGAAAAGUCAAACCAGGUGGUGCCCAGGCGCCUGAAGAAAGAGCUCCAACAUGCCCUGAAGCAGCUGAACUUGAACUGGUUCCGCUUUGUGAAUGGUGCUGAGGUGGAGGACUGUCAUUGCCUUGAAAUGUUUGAGCUAGCUGUCUCACUCCUACACCUGGAUGCCGAAGGUGAAAGCGCCCGCAACGCUCUCCGCUCCCCGGCGCCGUUCAAGAAGGAGAAUAUGGAGAACGCUUUCAUGGCGGUCUGGUUCUCGAGAUCCACAACCGCCGUGGAUCUGGAGGCCGACCGCGACGAGGUCAUGAAGGCCGUGCCACGCCCGUUUCUCUUUGCGGACGGCGGGCGAGAGGCACUGCAAGGCUCUUUCAAAACACUCAUGAAAAGUGCUGGUGCAAGCGUCCGCGAGCUCAACACGGUCUACACCGAAGAGUCCAUUGUGGAGAAUCGCCGAGUGAGGAAUCCUUCAGGGAAGGCGAUGAACCUGAAGCAGAAAGAGGCAAUCCUCAUAGGAACCACUGCCAGCAGCUGGGCGAGCGUCAUCGGCCGCGGAAGGCUCAACAGGCAUUACGAUGGGUCGACCAACGGGGAUUCGAUCUACGGGAUGCGCAAAGAAUCGAAGUACGCCAUCACCGUCGACAUCGAGACCAAAUUGAAACUCCUUGGAGGAUUUCGCUUGCAGGAUGCUGCAAGGACCCGCAAGCCUGAGGACAACGUGGAGUCUGAGCGGCAAAGCCGCGAGCCGAUGAGCUGGUAUGUGAUGCACAGCACCGUCACAGAGGAGCUCUUGCACCGCUUUGUCGUCUACUUGCUGACCGCGCCGUGUCCAAGUGUGGCGCAUGUGUGCAUCAAGAACAAAGCUGCCGUGGUCGCAUUCUGA